AUGUCGCUUCGGGGUCGCAAAACCGACCCUAGACCCACGGGGCCACCGAAUAGCCAAGAUCAACAUGAACCUACUGAGCGCUCAAGACUGCUUCCUGCAGAAAAUCAUGGCUUCCUCACUCCAGAUGAUCCAGCGGUAUCGCCCUACAAUCUAUGGAGCGUGCGCGCCCUGCGCGGCGUGUCAGUCACUGCAUUAGCAAUUAGCUUCAUAUGGUGGACAUUCCUGCUUGUCUCCAUAUUUGUUAGUCCACCUAUGAUCCACCCACGAGGGUCGGGCUUCUUUGCCUUUUCAUAUACCACCUUGGCGACAGGAUAUCUCGCCGUUGGACUCCUGUUCUUCGCAGUGCCAUCCAAGCCCAUGACCAUAUGGGCCAUUACCCUUGCAGCUCUUCUUGUGUUGGACAUGUGUAUUAUCCUCGCUGUGCCGCGAAUCCGUCUUGAAGAGGGCUGGGUGGGGAUUGCAUCAGUCGUCUGGGUAGCUCUGAUCUCCAUCUACCAUGCGAUCCAGAACCAAGCGGUUGCUUGGGGUAAACGAGAGGAGGAAGAGCGCCUCACUGGUCGAGAAGAGACUCGACGCUCGCUCCUGGAGUGGGUUGCUGUUCUCGCUGAAACAAUUUUACUGGCUGUCAUGGGCAUCGCCACGAUCCUGUUCACAGCGACUCUGAUUUUGCGUGCUUUCGACGCCGGACUCGAAGCCCCGGGUAAGCGGUACUUGGUACAUGGGGAAACCUAUCAGGUUCAUCUCGCUUGUGUCGGGAACAAAACUGCAGACGACAAAGUACCGACAAUUCUUCUGGAGGGUGGGAAUGGGCCGGUCGAGCAUACACUGCAACCCUUCAUCGACGAUGUAUACGGCCGUGGUGGUAUCGGUAGAUACUGUUACUGGGAUCGACCGGGAUUCGGAUGGUCCGACAAUGCACCCUCGCCUCAUUCUGUAGGCAUGUCGGUAGAUGCGCUAGGAGAGGCGUUAGCUCUUGCUGGCGAGACUGGUCCAUGGAUAGUUGUUUCCGCUGGAGUUGGCAGUCUAUACUCCAGGCUGUUCGCCAGUCGUAAUAUUUUCGAAGUUCGCGGCAUCUUUAUGAUCGACCCUCUCCACGAGGCAUACUUGGCAGACAUUGGACGACCCGGUCGUGGGUUUUUACUUUGGCUUCGUGGUAUUCUUUCCCCCCUGGGAUUGGAUCGGCUUGCUGGUGCCAUUUUACGCGGCCGUUCUCGUGAGGACCGAGUUGUUGGUCGUUCGGCUUACCAGUCUGGAAAGUACAUCAAAGCAAAGCUGCAGGAAAACCUUGUUGCUGUCACCAUGACUGCCGCUGAGAUAAAGUCUGCUCGCCAUGUUCAGAUGGGUCAUGCUCCCGUGGUCGUUGUGAGCUCUGGGCAAGAAGUGAGGAAAGAUUCUCAGUGGGCAGAGCGACAGGAAGAUCUUUCUCAUAUCACAGACAACCUGUUGUCUUGGGAUAUUGCUGAUGAUGCUCCUCAUGAAGUAUGGAAUACUGGACAGGGACGAGAGAUAUUGGAAAAACGUUUGAAGGAGCUUGUCCAAGAAAGUCAGGUGUAUGAAUAA